GUCAGUCAAGCGCGGGGCAGGGGCGGAGCACCGGCAGGCAGGCUCGGUCUAACUGCCAUUCUCGCGCGUGGUCCCCGCCGCGCAUGCCCCUAACGAGUGGCGUUCAUUGGACGGGAGGGGCAGGGGAGGGGACUGGGAACGGUGCGAGCCGCGGUGUGUGGAGAAGCUGCUGCCGGUGUCAUGGCGGAGCUGAGUGAGGAGGCGCUGCUGUCAGUAUUACCGACGAUCCGGGUUCCUAAGGCUGGAGACCGGGUCCACAAAGACGAGUGCGCCUUCUCCUUCGACACGCCGGAGUCUGAGGGGGGCCUCUACAUCUGCAUGAACACAUUUCUGGGCUUCGGGAAACAGUAUGUGGAGAGACAUUUCAAUAAGACCGGCCAGCGCGUCUACUUGCACCUCCGGCGGACCCGGCGCCCGAAAGAGGAGGACCCUACCACAGGCACUGGAGACCCGCCCCGGAAGAAGCCCACGCGACUGGCCAUUGGUGUUGAAGGCGGGUUUGACCUUAACGAGGAGAAGUUUGAAUUAGAUGAGGAUGUGAAGAUCGUCAUUUUGCCAGAUUACCUGGAGAUUGCCCGGGAUGGACUGGGGGGCCUGCCUGACAUUGUCAGAGAUCGGGUGAGCAGUGCCGUGGAGGCCCUACUGUCGGCCGACUCCGCCUCCCGCAAGCAGGAGGUGCAGGCCUGGGACGGGGAAGUACGGCAGGUGUCUAAGCAUGCCUUCAACCUCAAGCAGUUGGACAACCCUGCUCGAAUCCCUCCCUGUGGCUGGAAGUGCUCCAAGUGUGACAUGAGAGAGAACCUGUGGCUCAACCUGACAGACGGCUCCAUCCUCUGUGGACGACGCUACUUUGACGGCAGUGGGGGCAACAACCAUGCUGUGGAGCACUACCGGGAGACCGGCUACCCGCUGGCUGUCAAGCUGGGCACCAUCACCCCCGAUGGAGCCGACGUGUACUCGUACGAUGAAGAUGACAUGGUCCUGGACCCCAGCCUGGCCGAGCACCUGUCCCACUUUGGCAUCGACAUGCUGAAGAUGCAGAAGACAGACAAGACGAUGACUGAGUUGGAGAUAGACAUGAACCAGCGGAUUGGUGAAUGGGAGCUGAUCCAGGAGUCGGGUGUGCCACUCAAGCCCCUGUUUGGGCCUGGCUACACAGGCAUCCGGAACCUGGGUAACAGCUGCUACCUCAACUCUGUGGUCCAGGUGCUCUUCAGCAUCCCUGACUUCCAGAGGAAGUAUGUGGAUAAGCUGGAGAAGAUCUUCCAGAAUGCCCCGACGGACCCUACCCAGGACUUCAGCACCCAGGUGGCCAAGCUGGGCCAUGGCCUUCUCUCCGGGGAGUAUUCCAAGCCAGUACCGGAGUCGGGCGACGGGGAGCGGGUGCCAGAACAGAAGGAAGUUCAAGAUGGCAUUGCCCCUCGGAUGUUCAAGGCCCUCAUUGGCAAGGGCCACCCUGAAUUCUCCACCAACCGGCAGCAGGAUGCCCAGGAGUUCUUCCUUCACCUUAUCAACAUGGUGGAGAGGAAUUGCCGGAGCUCUGAAAAUCCAAAUGAAGUGUUCCGCUUCUUGGUGGAGGAAAAGAUCAAGUGCCUGGCCACCGAGAAGGUGAAGUACACCCAGCGGGUCGACUACAUCAUGCAGCUGCCUGUGCCCAUGGAUGCCGCCCUUAACAAAGAGGAGCUUCUGGAAUACGAGGAGAAGAAGCGGCAAGCCGAAGAGGAGAAGAUGCCACUGCCAGAACUGGUUCGGGCGCAGGUGCCAUUCAGCUCCUGCCUGGAGGCCUAUGGGGCCCCUGAGCAGGUGGAUGACUUCUGGAGCACGGCCCUGCAGGCCAAGUCAGUAGCUGUCAAGACCACACGAUUUGCCUCAUUCCCUGACUACCUGGUCAUCCAGAUCAAGAAGUUCACCUUCGGCUUAGACUGGGUACCCAAGAAACUGGAUGUGUCCAUUGAGAUGCCAGAGGAGCUCGACAUCUCCCAGUUGAGGGGCACAGGGCUGCAGCCCGGGGAGGAGGAGCUGCCAGACAUUGCCCCACCCCUGGUCACUCCGGAUGAGCCCAAAGGUAGCCUUGGUUUCUAUGGCAACGAAGACGAAGACUCCUUCUGCUCCCCUCACUUCUCCUCUCCGACAUCGCCCAUGCUGGAUGAAUCAGUCAUCAUCCAGCUGGUGGAGAUGGGCUUCCCUAUGGACGCCUGCCGCAAAGCUGUCUACUACACGGGGAACAGCGGGGCCGAGGCCGCCAUGAACUGGGUCAUGUCGCACAUGGAUGAUCCAGGUAGGCCGGGGUGGGGAGCAGGUGGGGCAGGGCCUCCAUCCUCCCCCAAACACAUCAACCCCUUCCCAUCCACAGAUUUUGCAAACCCCCUCAUCCUGCCUGGCUCUAGCGGGCCGGGCUCCACAAGUGCAGCGGCCGACCCCCCUCCCGAGGACUGUGUGACCACCAUCGUCUCCAUGGGCUUCUCCCGGGACCAGGCCCUGAAAGCGCUGCGGGCCACGAACAAUAGUUUAGAACGGGCUGUGGACUGGAUCUUCAGUCACAUCGAUGACCUGGACGCUGAAGCUGCCAUGGACAUCUCAGAGGGCCGCUCAGCUGCCGACUCCAUCUCCGAGUCUGUGCCAGUGGGACCUAAAGUCCGGGACGGUCCUGGAAAGUAUCAGCUCUUUGCCUUCAUUAGUCACAUGGGCACCUCCACCAUGUGUGGUCACUACGUCUGCCACAUCAAGAAGGAAGGCAGAUGGGUCAUCUACAAUGACCAGAAAGUGUGUGCCUCUGAGAAGCCGCCCAAGGACCUGGGCUACAUCUACUUCUACCAGAGAGUGGCCAGCUAAGAGCCUGCCUCACCCCUUACCACUGAGGGCAGGGGAAGACCACCUGGCCUGAGGGGGAGGGGCUGAGGGACGGCCUUCAGCCCCCUGCUCUGUACCCUUUUCCUUUUGUCCCUGGCAGCAGGGAAGAAGCUGGAGGCCGUGGGAGAAUGGCCGGGCAGAGCGGAGGGGCAGCGACAGACUCUGGGGAUGGAGCAGGAAGGGGCCGGGAGGGGCCGGCCGCCUGUCCGUAAGGAGACUUUGCUGCUUGCCCUGCCCCUGGAAUCUGCAGUGCUCUGCUUCUGUGUCGCCCUGCCCAGCACCCUGGUGUGGAGGGAGGGGUCUCGUUUGUGCGCGUGGGUGUAGCUUUGUGCAUCCUCUCCCAGGGGAGGGAGCACCUGUGCCUCCCCCCACCUUCGUUUGCCCCUGUGUGGUUGGUCCAGGAGGGAUGUGAGGGAAAUGGGGACCCCCCCCCUUGCCCUCCUGCCUCAGUCUUUCCCCCCACCCUGUCUCUUCCUUGUCCUUCUCUGGAAAAUGCCAAAAUACACGAUGUGAAUAAAAGUACAACGGCUAAAA